AUUCCGUUGGUGGGGAUUUGAGCAAAACGCCGUAAGAACAAACGCGGAUUACAACUGGCCUCGUCGCGGCCGCCGCCGCCAUGCCAUCUCUAACUCCGUAUAUAUAACCGCACCACGCCAAAGCUUCAAACAAUUCUUCUCUUCCCAGAUUUGAAGAUCAAUCUUCAUCGCUUCAAUUUUUUUUUUUUUUGGAAAAAUGGGAAAUUAUGUUUCCUGCACUUUAACGGUUCCCCUCUCCGCCAAGCUAACGAAGGUGAUCCUCCCAAACGGAGAAAUACGCCGCUUUUCUCGGCCAGUCAGCGCGGCGGAGCUGAUGCUCGAAUCGCCGCCUAACCACUUCGUCGCCGACGCGAAGUCCCUGCAGAUCGGGCGGCGGUUCUGCGCGCUCUGCGCCGAUGAGGAUCUCGAGAUCGCCGGCGUCUACGCCCUGUUCCCGAUGAAGCGGCUCUGCUCGAUCGUGACCGCCUCGGAUGUAGGCGUGCUGUUCCUCGCCGCGAACAGGGCCGCCGCCGGCGACCGUCGUCGGGUGGUUAGCGAUGAAAGCGGCGGAUCGGAUCAUGGAGAGGAUGAGACGCCGAAGUUGGAUUUGGAGGAGAUCGAAGAUCUGACGGCGCCGGGAUUCAAGCUCCGGUUGUCUAUGUGUCGCCGGUCAACGAAGCCUAUGUUAGAGACCAUUGUUGAAGAAAGUAGGAUCACAUUGGGGGAGAUGAUAAGAUUGGAAUAAGGGCCGACCAUUUGUUCUUUCUUUUCCCUCUGAUUUUUUUUAACUUUUCCUUUGAAUUUAGCAAAUGGAAAAUUCAAUUCAUUCAUUUUUUUGGGGUAAAUGGUAUGAGGAAAUAACUUUGAAUAAUAAAUAGGAUAGUGAAUU